UCUCUGUAUUCAUCAUUAACCAACGAACAAAACCCACCGCUCUCUUCAUUUUCUCUCCUCCCUGAAAACCCUAAUUUUCUCUCCCCCUGUUUGUCUCUCGUCUCGCAGAAUGUCUUUAGUUUCAGAUCUGCUGCUGGGAUUUUUGUAUCUUGAUGUUUUGUUGGGUAUAUUUGAAUAAAGUUUGGAUUUUUACGUGGGUAGAAUAUGCACCUCGUAAUUAUGGAGAUGUCCUUGAUUGUGAUUAUUGGAGUACGGAGUUUGUUGAGUGUGGUUUGCUUGGGUUGUUCAUGGAAUUUGGAUAGGAAAUUGUAGAAUGUGGGGGUUGGUCUAAAUGCCAAAUGUGGGUCUAUGGGUCUGUGCUGCUGUCUUUUGGUCUUUUCUUGUAGGUUUCUAUACUUUACAGUUGGUUCAUUGAAUUUUCCAGCUUGAAGCCAAGUGUCAUUCCUGAUUGGUUUAACUGGUAUAUAACCAGUGCAUGUAGGGGUGAAUGUAUUUGUGUUGAUAUGUUCUACCUAUUACCUUGGGAUGGGUGGUCUUUUCUCUUUGGAGGGAAUUUUUAGCGUUUGCUUUUCUUGUUUGUUUGUUUGUUUUAGCCAAUUAGCAAUUAGUUUGGCAAUUUUGCUGAAUCUCUGUGCAAUUUUUUUGUUUUAUUUUGUUUUAUCUUUUUUUGGUGAACAUGAGCAUUUUUGUAGUUACAGGCAGAAAAACCGGGGGGAUGGGGGAGGGGGGCAUGAAGAAAUUCCAAAUUUUUAGCAGUUGUUGUGAAUGUGUUGAAACAGGUUGCUCCAAAUAAAGUUCCAUCUUCACUUGUCAUGUUAUUUGGAGCUGGGCAUUGGAUUCAGAUAUAGUGGAAUGCAUCUGACACAAUUGAAUCAAAAUUUAACCAUAACUUAAAUUUAGACUUCUUACAUCAAAUUUAAUUUUAUUUUUAAUGUCUUUUGGAAAUUCAUUUGAGGUGCCAUUGUGGGACAUGGCCACAUGUCUCUCUCAUUCAAUUCAUAUAAGCUCAAUGCUAAAUAACUUUAAUCUCCUAGUAGGAGUCUGGAAAAAAGUAUCUUUAUCAUUCUACUCCAUAUUAGUUAUUCCUAUUUACACCAGUUCUGCAUUAUAUAUGUUAUUGGAGGUGAUUUUAUUGAAAUGUUAUGGUUUCACAUGAUAUAAAAUGUAUGCAUUACUUGAAACUUCACAAUUUGAAAUUCUGGCAAUUGUAUUGUAUUGAAUUAUAUUAUCAAACAGACAAACACUCAAACUUGAUGAUCCUGGAGUUUGAAAGUAUGCACGUGGUAUGGGAAACCUUUUGCUAUUAGUGCAAACUGUUUGAAAAUUUCAAAUAAGUUAUAAGUGGCAUAGGAGGGUUUGAUUGGCAAUUUUAGCUGCUUUUCUCAACAUGGAUCUGGAAGAUAGGUUUCUUGUUAAAGGAUUCCUUGACCAAUCUUAGCCCUGGGCUUACUAGUACUGCUAAUGUGCUUACUUUGCCACGGGAAGAGAUCUUAUGCUUGGAUCAAGAUAUUGGAUUCAACGAUUCAAAAUCUGUUGUUCUUCAACUCUUUUGGGAUCAUCAAAUUUUAGAGAAAGUACCUUUGAGAGUUUAGUGAAUUCAUCUAUAUCAGUUUCAGGCAUUCAAAGUCUUUCUUCCAGUGUCCACAGCACUCCAGAGAAAAAUGGAAAUUCAGAUGAUUCAUCCAGAAGUCCAGAUUCACUCCAAAAAUCCCUGAACUCUGGUAUAGCGAAAGAUCUUUCUCACCCAAGCUUCAAUAAGGAAAAGAAGAAAUUGGGUUCAUCAACGUGCAAAAUGAUCAUCGAGCAUCCAGCAAAGCCAAGCAAGAAAACGUUGAAGAGUCAGGAGCUAAAAAGGCCAUCUUCUAGCCCCAGAGAUCAUCAUCCUUCAAGAAAGCAGCAAAGGAAGGGGGAAAACCCUGUCCGAAUACCUCCAUCCGCUGGCCAUUGUGCAGAUGUUAAAUGUUCGAAUUCAUGGAUCUGUAAAAACUCUGCUUGCCGAGCAACUAUUUCAAUGGAUGACACGUUCUGUAAGAGAUGCUCUUGCUGCAUCUGCCACUUGUUUGAUGAUAACAAGGAUCCGAGUCUUUGGUUGGAAUGCACAUCAGAGUCUGGUCAAGGAGAAUCCUGUGGCUUAACUUGCCAUAUUGAGUGUGCUCUCCAGCGAGGAAAGGUAGGGGUUGUUGAGCUUGGACAACUAAUGCAGCUGGAUGGGAGCUACUGCUGUGCUUCGUGUGGCAAAGUUUCGGGAAUACUAAGAUACUGGAAGAAACAACUUAGCAUAGCAAAAGAUGCUCGUCGUGUUGAUAUCCUGUGUUACAGAAUAUACUUGAGUUACCGACUCCUAGAUGGAACUUCCAGAUUUAAAGAACUACAUGAAAUCAUUAUAGAAGCCAAAGCCAAAUUGGAAACGGAGGUGGGUCCGUUGGGUGGAGUUUCAGCAAAUAUGGCUCGAGGCAUCGUUAGCAGGCUUUCUGUCGCGGGUGAUGUGCAGUCUCUCUGCUCUCUUGCUAUCGAGAAAGCUGAUGAAUGGCUUAACACAAAGUCUAGCGUUGUCCCUAAUUGCAAAGAGGGUUCACUGCCAGCAGCCUGCAAAUUUCUUUUCGAGGAAGUGACGUCUUCUUCAGUUGUGAUUGUAUUGAUAGAGCUGUCCAGUUCGUCAUCAGAACGUGUCCAAGGCUACAAGCUUUGGUACUGUAGGGCUCGGGAAGACACUCACGCAAAAGAGCCCGUUUGUGUCUUUCCCAGAAGUCAGCGAAGGGUUUUGAUAUCGAAUUUGAAGCCUUGCACCGAAUACUCCUUCAGGAUUGUCUCCUACACGGAGUCCAGUGACUUGGGACAUUCCGAGGUUAAAUGCUUUACAAAGAGCGUUGAGAUAAUUCACAGAAAUUUGAGCUCGAUAGCUCGGAAUCAUGGGAAGGACAGCCUAGAUACUGGAGGAAGCUCUAGCGGAAAGGAAGACAACGAGGCUAUGACAAGAAUCGAGUCGGAUUCUGGAUUUAGGGUUCGAGACCUCGGGAAAAUCUUAAGACUGGCAUGGGCUCAACAGCAAGGCUGUUUAGACGGGUUCUGUGGAGUAGAAAUACGAAAGUGCUGUGGAGGUUGUAAUAUCGUCAAACCCGAGAGUGUACAACAAGACCAUAAACCUUCUGCAUCUCGCCAGCUCGACUUAAAUGUCGCUUCAGUUCCCGAUUUGAAUGAAGACUUAAUCCUUCCCAUCGAUUCCUCUAGAGACGAAGAUAACGAGUGCACUCUGAGGCAAACUGUCGAGGCAGAUGAUGCUGUCUCCCACGACAAUCAACGCAACGGGGUUGCAAGGUCACAUGGAAGCGGCGACUCCCAAAAUUGGAUCCAUCCGCAGACCGGAGAAGCAACAGCCGUUGACUCCAAGGCGCAAGCGUCUCGAAAGAGAGCCGCUAGCAACUACGCCGAGCCACGCGACUCCGACAGCACUCUCAUGAACGGAUCGCCUAUCCAAGUCCACAACGCUUCGGGGUGCUUGGACGAGAGCUUCGAAUACUGCGUGAAGAUCAUCUGCUGGCUGGAAUGCGAGGGCCACAUUAACAAGGACUUCCGAUUACAACUCCUCACCUGGUUUAGCCUGAGAUCAACGGAACAGGAACGCAGGGUGGUUAGUACCUUUAUUCAAACACUAUUUGACGAUCCGAGUAGCUUAGCCGGACAACUCAUCGAUUCGUUUUCUGACAUCGUAUCUUCUAAGAGGCCUCGCAACGGGUUUUGCAGUAUGCUUUGGCAUUAACCCCCCGCCCCCGCCAAAAGGGCGCCCAGGUUGGAGAAACAGCUAAACUUAAUUUUAACCCUGAUUUUGAUCAUAUCAUGUCAGAUUGAUUCUAUUGCUCAUUCUCUGUACAGGCAAAAACAUUUAAUUUUUUGUCAAGUUGCUAGUUGAAGUAAUUCAUUGGUAUAGUGGACAAGCCUUAGCCUGUCCAGCUAAAAACAUUCUGGGUAUUUGUGUAGGCAGAUCUAUGACUUCCUCAGUGAGGGAAAGAGUUCAGAUUCAAGAAAACUUACAUUGUAGAAAACAAUUUUCUUGUUUUUUUAGAGGCAGCAUUUAUUGGCUCAGCCAAAACUAAUAUUACUUUGUGCAUUUUGGCAAGACAAUAGUUGAAUUUAUGUUAUAAUCUUUGGAAGUCUUAUGUUUA